AUGGCACAAAAAGUUUUUUCUACAAAACAAAGAUAUAUGUGGGUUGACGAGGUCCUUUCGGCUUCAAACUAUUAUGAUAUGCUUGACAUCCCUUCAAAUGCAACACCUGAAGAUAUUAGACAGGCAUAUAUAAAAAAGAGUCGUGUCUGUCACCCUGACAGAUUUGUACCGCCUUACCCACCAGCUACAGAAAGUUUUCAAGCUCUAUCUCUUGCAUACAAUACUUUGAGAGUACCCAAUUCUCGAUGGAAAUAUGAUAUGAAGCGUCAAUGUUCAUACACUUAUCACAACACGCUUGACACAGAUGACCCAUUUGAGCACUUAUAUAAUGAAAUCCUUCAAGGCCAAUUUCACACUCUGCGAACAGUUUUAAUGGUCAACACUUGCUGUACAAUAGCUCGGUUUGAGAUACUUCAGAUAUAUGAACUCCAAAGCAAACAACGAGAACUAUCCUAUUUUGACAUUCGCCUCCGUCUUCAACAUUCCAUUAGCAUUUCUAAGAUCUUGAUAUCCUUACCCCUUCGUGCCAGUACCUUUGCUUCUAAUCCAACCCAAAAACAAACACCACCAGCCGAUAAUGGAUUACUAGGAUCAAAAGUUGAACAGUUUCUCAAAAAUGUCUUGCGUGUACUAGAGAUAGGCGAGGCAUAUAUUUAA